UGACGUCUGCGCGCACCGCCCUCUCUGGUGCCCGCCAGAGGGCUUGAACCGAAGCCCCGCGUAACCGAGGGAUGAGGAGGGAGCCAACGGCCGGGGCCGCGGGGCGGGAGGCGACGCGGGAGUACGGCGUCGAGGGGUUGCCCUAGCCUGGGGCGCUGAGCCUGUGUCUUGUUGCAGAGCCUCGGGGCCGUGGGGAGCCGGGGAGCCGGGCGGCGAGCGAGGCUUCUCGGUGGGUGUGGGUGUAGCGUGCUCGGCUGGCGUCCCCGGUGGCCGCGGUCUGGCCAUGAUUGACUCGGUGAAGCUGCGGCGCGACAGCGCGGCGGAUUUCUUCUCGCACUACGAGUACCUGUGCGCGCUGCAGGACUCGGUGCCGCUGCCCGCCGUGCGCUCCUGCCUCCGGGAGGGCGUGCUGGACUUCAACGCUGACCGCCUCCGCAUGGUGGACUGGGCGCCGCUCCUGAGCACCCUCAAGAUCAAUAAAGAUUUGCCCUUGAUUUCCAUCAAGAGCUUCUUCCAGCCGUGGCUUGGGGAACAGAAUAACUUUGCUUUAGGUUCUGAUAUAAACAAGGCUUGCAGAAGUCGGGUUCCUGCGAUAAGAUCCAAAGAUGUGACCUUCCAGUUAUGUAAAGCUCUUAAAGGCUGCAUAUGUGCAUCAAGUGUGCUAAGGAACCUGGAGCUAAAUGGACUAGUCCUGAGAGAGAGAGAUUUAACUAUCUUAACAAAGGGAUUGAAUAAAUCGACCACGUUGGUACACCUGUCUCUUGCAAAUUGCCCAAUUGGAGAUGGAGGUUUAGAAAUAAUUUGCCAAGGUAUAAAGAACUCUGUCACUCUUAAGACAGUCAACUUCACGGGCUGUAACCUGACAUGGCAGGGAGCAGAUCACCUGGCCAAGAUCUUAAAGUAUCAGUCAAUGCGACGGCAUGAAGAAACCUGGGCUGAGAGCCUUCGCUACAGGAGACCCGAUCUCGACUGCAUGGCUGGCUUGCGGCGCAUCACACUGAAUUGCAACACACUCAUUGGGGACCUGGGCGCACGUGCCUUUGCGGACUCCCUUAGUGAGGAUUUAUGGCUUAGGGCGCUUGACCUGCAACAGUGUGGCCUCACCAAUGAAGGAGCAAAAGCUUUACUUGAGGCCGUUGAAACUAACAGAACUCUCGUUGUUCUGGAUAUAAGAAAAAAUCCACUCAUUGAUCAUUCUAUGAUGAAAGCAGUUAUCAAAAAAGUUCUCCAGAAUGGAAGGAGUGCUAAGUCAGAGUACCAGUGGAUAACUUCUCCGUCAGUAAAAGAACCAUCCAAAACUACAAGACAGAAAAAGAGAACUAUAAUCCUAGGAAGUGGCCGAAAAGGAAAAGCUACUAUUAGGAUUGGAUUGGCUACAAAGAAACCUGUAAGUACUGGGAAAAAGCACUGCGCUGGUAAAGAAUACUAUGCUCCGGAACCUCUGCCACCUGGUGUGUGUGGUUUCCUGCCAUGGCGUACUGCAGAACGUGCAAACAGGACCAGGGGGUUUCCAUUAAUCAAAACUCGGGAUGUAUCUAAUCAGUUGCAGCAAUCAAAGUUUCCUGUGACUGUGACAGUAGAGAGUCCUUCGUCUUCAGAAAUUGAAGAGGUUGACGAUUCUUCAGAAAGUGUUCAUGAGGUGCCUGAGAACAUCAGUUUAAAACAAGAAGCAUUGCAGGAAAAACUGGAGGAAUGCUUAAAGCAGUUAAAGGAGGAAAGAGUCAUCAGGCUUAAGGCUGACAAACGAGUCAGUGAGUUGGAACAUGAAAAUGCCCAACUAAGAAAUAUAAAUUUCUCUCUGUCUGAAGCCCUUCAUGCACAGUCACUGACAAACAUGAUCCUGGAUGAUGAAGGCGUUUUGGGCAGCAUUGAGAAUUCUUUCCAGAAGUUCCAUGCUUUCUUAGAUCUGCUUAAAGAUGCUGGGCUUGGGCAGCUUGCCACAAUGGCUGGUAUAGAUCAGUCAGAUUUUAAUUUACUAGGUCGUCCCCAGAUGAAUUCUACUAUUAGUAGUCCACCCAAGGAGGAGCAGAAGGCACUUGAAGAAGAAAAGCCAGAACAAAAGCAGAGUGCUGUAGGACAAAUGCAAAAUAUCCAAGUUUCUAUUUGUAUGCAGUCAGCUUACAAUGAAGGAACACUAAUGAAGUUUCAGAAAAUUACAAGUGAUGCCAGAAUUCCUUUGCCUCUCGACUCCUUCCAUGUCCCAAGUUCUACUCAGGAGGCCCCAGUGACUUCCAGAGACAGCGUGGGAGUCCCAGGGACUGAGCAGCACCAGGAGUCUUUCGAAGGAUUCCUUGCUAGAACAUGUUCUCCUCUAGCAGAUGUGAUUUCCGGGACCAGAAGUCACAGAGAAGAGGAAGAGCUGCACAGGAAUAGCAGAUCGUCUUCAGAGAAAAUGGCCAAAACAGGUGAAUAUACCACAAAACACUCUGCUAAGAAACACCUUGGAAAGGACCAGCAUUCCUACUCUGACUCUUCUAUAAACCGGAAAAGCAAAGGAAUCGGGGGAAAUGGUUCUUUGGUUAAUGACCCAGUUAAAAGUGAGUCUUUGAAAAAAUACAUUUCUGUCAAGAAGGAAAGUAGAAUAGUGACUCUUUCAUCCAAGACAAGUAAAAGUCAGCCCAAUCCAGUAGAACAUUCUGAAAGUGAUACUCUUGGGUCUGAUUUUGAAUUUCCAGAAAGCAUCCAUUCUCUAUCACGCCUGACAUAGGUCUAAAUCUUUUGAAAUUAUGUUUUUGUCUUCAAAUUUUAAUAAAUUUUCAUGUUUUCAUUGUG